AUGCAAUAAACAGACAUUCCAAUUAUCUAAUAUUAAAAAGUUAAUAAACCAUUUGUAAAUUAAUAAGGAGAAGAAUUUGAUUACAUUAUGGAAGACAAGAUAAAUAUUAAUUUUAAGUGUUGUAAAUUCUCAUUUACUAUUUGUUCUAUUUUCUAAGCAAUAUUUGGUAUUUAUUUAAUAUUAUUUUAUAGCCUUGGCAUUAAUAGUAUUUAUGAUAAAUACUUUUUUGUUAGUAAUACUAAAAUGA